AUGUCUAUUAGCACGGCUUUGCCGAUGGCUGCUCCAGCCAAAACUCCUUUGGCUCGCUAUCGUAUACUAUCACCAUCUGCUUCGAUUCGAGUCAGCCCUCUAUGUUUGGGUAGCAUGAACUUUGGAGAUGCAUGGAAAGACUACAUGGGCGAAUGUAGUGAAGAGACCACCGAAAGCAUCUUAGAUUAUUUCUACAGCCAAGGAGGAAAUUUUAUUGAUACAUCAAACAAUUACCAAUUUGAAGAAUCCGAGAAACGUAUUGGAGCAUGGAUGAAGAAGCGUGGAGUCCGAGACCAAAUGGUCAUCGCCACCAAAUUCACGACAAAUUUUCAUUCCGGACCCCGCGGUGCAGGAGAGAUUUUGGCGAACUACACCGGAAAUGGUUCCAAGAGCCUGCACCUAUCGGUAAAUGCGAGCUUAGAAAAAUUACAAACCGACUACAUUGAUCUGCUUUACAUACACUGGUGGGACUUCUCUACCAGCAUUCCUGAAGUAAUGCAAUCCCUUAACCACCUUGUAGUCUCUGGCAAGGUUCUACACCUUGGUGUGAGUGACACACCUGCUUGGGUCGUUAGUAAGGCGAACGAGUACGCACGCAACCACGGCCUCCGUCAAUUCAGCGUUUACCAAGGAAGAUGGUCGGCAUCGCAACGAGACUUCGAGCGCGAGAUUAUCCCCAUGUGUCGUGCCGAAGGAAUGGGUAUUUGCCCCUGGGGAUCUCUAGGUGGUGGAAAGUUCAAAUCCGAAGAGCAGCGCAAGAGUGCCACAGGCCGCAAAAUACCACCCAGCGAAAACGACAUCAAAGUCAGCAAGGUCCUUGAAAGUAUUGCCAGCCGCAAGGGUACUAUUAUCACCAGCGUAGCGCAAGCCUACGUUGCCAGUAAGACGCCUUAUGUGUUCCCCAUCAUUGGUGGCCGAACUAUCGAUCAUCUGAAAGGAAAUAUCGAAGCCUUGACGCUCAAGCUAUCGGCUGACGAAAUUAAAGAGAUUGAAGCAGCGAUUCCAUUUGAUGUAGGAUUCCCCAACAGCUUCCUUUACGGCGCUGAGAUCCCGGAGAACCCUAGUCAGGUGUGGCUAUUAGGCGUAGGUGGUACUUUUGACUAUGUUCCACUGCCAAAAUCUCUCAAUAGGGAAUAG